AUGUCUACCGAACAAGUUCCCGCCACUGAGCCCGUGGCUGCGGCCCAGGCUGCUGGCGAUGUGGCCACUGAGACUGCCACGGAAACGGCUACUGAGACUGCCACCCCGCCUGCCGAAACUCCUCUCACCAAGCUGACUGCCCGUUUGCCUGACAUCACUAAAAAGGCUGACCACGAUGAGAUGUGGGGGGUUGAUCUGUCCGCCGACAGUGCCCACGCUCCUACGCAAGUUGUCCUCUACAAGUUCCUCAAGGCCAACAACAAUGAUGUCGCUGCCGCCGAGAAGCAGCUUACGUCUGCCUUGGAGUGGCGCAAGAAGAUUCAGGCCGGGAAGCUUGUCACUGAACCCUUUGACGAGGGCAAGUUUGGUGACUUGGGCUUCGUGACCGUUCACAAGGAUGCCAAUGGGGAAAAGGAGACAGUCAUUACGUGGAAUAUUUAUGGCGCCGUCAAGGAUAAAAAGGCCACCUUUGGAAAUGUCGACGACUUCAUUCGUUGGCGUGUUGCCCUCAUGGAGCUCGGCGUCCAGAAACUCCGUCUCAAUGAAAUCAAGGAACCCCUUGCAUUGGACGCCCCGGACAGCCAUCAGAUGCUCCAGGUCCACGACUACCUGUCCGUCAGCUUCCUCCGCAUGGACCCUGACGUCAAGGCUGCUACCAAGAAAACCAUCGAGACCUUCUCCAUGGCGUAUCCGGAACUACUUGCCCACAAGUACUUUGUUAAUGUGCCAGCCAUCAUGGGCUGGAUGUAUGCCGCUAUGAAGCUUUUCCUGCCCACCGCUACAUUGCGCAAGUUCCAUCCCAUGGCCUCGGGAACCACUCUCGCCGCUGAGUUGCCGGACAUUUCAGCCUCUCUGCCCAAGGAGUAUGGUGGUCAGGGCCCUAGUGUGAAGGAAGGCGAAACUGUCAAGCUGGUUGAUUUGACACCCAAGGCAGAGGAGACGAAGGCCGACGCUGCUCCCGCUGUUGCCGGUGCAGAGGUUCCAGCUGCCGGGUCUGAGCCUAAGCCUGCCGUGACACCUGCUGCUGACGUUGCCCCCAAGGUCAUCGAUGAGGCGGCCGAGAAGGAGACUGCUGCCUAG